AUGCCCGCGGAGCAGAAUGGGCGGGCCGCCAGCCGUCGGAACCGGCAGGAGACCGUACCCUCCACAAUAUACGCCUCAGGGUUGGCAAAGGCUGCUGUGAUUGCUGCCCAGAAUGGCCUACCUCUUGGGAACGGGGCAGACAGGCGGUACUCGGUUGCGGCGUUGUGGUCGAUGGCCGCGGAAAACGACGUGGAGGUUGACGACGAGCUGACGCAAGCUCAGCGACGGUUGAAGGAUCUGAAGACCAAGAUCUCCGCACAGUCGAAGAAGAACUUCCUGCUGGAACGGGAUGUUCGAUUCCUCGACAGUCGGAUCGCUCUCUUGAUUCAAAACCGCAUGGCGUUAGACGAGCAACAGGAGGUUGCUAGUCAUUUGGAGGAGCUGGACACAACAGAAGGACACCUGCUGCCAGAUGAGCGCAAACGCCAGCUGUACGGGAACCUCUUCUUCCUGCUGCAAAACGAACCCCGCCACAUUGCCGCUCUAGCGCGGUUGGUCAGUCUCUCCGAAAUCGAUACCCUCCUCCAGACUGUCAUGUUCACCCUGUACGGAAACCAGUACGACUCGCGAGAAGAGUACCUGUUGCUCUCCAUGUUCCAAAAUGUUCUGUCAUCCCAGUUCGACGCUGCGACAGAUUUCGGAAGUCUUCUACGCGCCAACACCCCCGUAUCCCGGAUGUUGACCACGUAUACACGGAGAGGGCCGGGGCAGACAUACCUGAAGCACGUCCUGUCAGCGCGGAUCAACAAGCUAAUUGAGAUGCAGGAUUUGGACCUGGAGAUCAACCCUCUGAAAGUUUACGAGCGAAUGAUCGAGCAAAUCGAGACGGCCACGGGCAAGCCCAGUGACCUGCCGAAAUCGAUCUCCCCUGAGGAGGCGUCCCAGCAUCCCGAUGUUCAGGCUAUCAUCGCACCGCGCUUGGUCACGUUGAUGGAAAUCGCCGAGUCAUUCCUGACAACCAUAAUGGGAUCCCUGGACCAGGUCCCAUACGGAAUCAGGUGGAUCUGCAAGCAGAUUCGGUCGUUGACCAAGCGGAAAUAUCCCGACGCCUCCGACCUGCAAAUAUGUUCUCUCAUUGGAGGGUUCUUCUUCCUCCGCUUCAUUAACCCUGCAAUAGUGACACCACAAGCCUACAUGCUUGUUGAGGGCAACCCCGCCCAAAGCCCCCGCCGCACUCUCACUCUCAUCGCCAAAAUGCUGCAAAACCUCGCGAACAAGCCAACGUAUUCCAAGGAAGUUUACAUGAUGUCCCUGAAUCCGUUUGUGGAGCAGCACAAGCAGAGGAUAAAUCGCUUCCUGAACGAAUUAUGCGAGGUUGGAGACUUUUACGAGUCUUUGGAGAUGGACCAAUACAUUGCAUUAUCAAAGAAGGACAUCACGCUGAACAUCUCGCUUAACGAAUUGUACAAUACCCACUCUCUAUUGAUGCAACACAUGGAUGUCUUGGCUGCCGCCGACAAGCACCACCUUCGCAUCUGUCUCCAAGACCUCGGUUCAGCACCCGCCCAGGUUCCUCGUGCUGAGAACAAAACCGUCGAGCUUCCGAUUUUCUCAAGAUGGGAGCAGCCAAUCCCGGACUUCCCCUCGGCCAUCGCAGACAGCGAGUUGACAUCCAGCGAUAUCAUGUACAUGGACACCAAGGCAUUAUACGUUCAGAUCAUUCGUACCAUGCCUGGAUUGUCAUCUGCAGUGGUCAAAGCGGGCAACAAAGGCAGUGCGGCAUUCAACUUGGCGCGCGUUGCCGAGAGUGCGGCGACCUCCCGUGACCCCACCCUGGUCAAGAAGGGCAUCAAGGUCCGGGAGAUGCUCUACCAGUUGGACGAGGUUAUGCCAGCGGAGCAGAGGCAGAACCCGAACCGGUACGCUCUGAUGUGCGACGAAAUCCGACAGGAGCUCGUGCACCUCGGAAACCUGAGAGAGAAGGUCGACAAGGAGAUCGGAUCUUUGGAGUUAGUCUUCAAGACCAUAAUCGAUCACAACAACUACCUCCGAUCACAGUUGGAGAGCUACAAGGCGUACCUCCAGAACGUCCGCAUCAAGUCAGGGGUCACCGGCUCCAAGUCAUCGAAGGCUCAGGUGCAAGGCCCGUUCAAGUUCACACACGCCCACCUGGAAAAGGACGGCAUCAUUGUGGAAAGCAACGUUCCUGACAACAGGAGGUCCAAUAUCUUCUUCAACAUUCUGUCGCCACUGCCAGGGACAUUCAUUAUCGCGCUCCAUUAUAAAGGACGCGAAAAAGCCAUUCUCGAGAUGGAUCUCAAACUGGACGACCUGCUCGAGAAGCAGCAGCUGGGUGUGACUCUCCUGGACCUCGAAUACGUCCAACUCAGUGUCAACAAGACCCUGGCUCUUCUCAACAAGACUUUCUUGAAGCGUUAA